UUUCAGGAAAUAGCUACUAGGAAUAAUUUGAAUAAUUAGAAAUGUGAGCAAGAAGGAUGGGUGAUACAUCUAUUCCUGAAUUUAUCACAAACCUUAGCGAUGCCGAACUGAGAGCUGAACUGGGUAAAGUAGGGGUUAACGCUGGCCCCAUAACCCCCACAACACGAAGACUAUUCAGGAGUCGACUUGCAAAAAAAUUAGGAGCUGUGUCAGCGUUUCAAAACAAAGAAAAUCAAGAAAAGCAAGAAGAUAAAUCAACUGUUGUCACGGCAACUGAAAAACUACUAAAUGCUUCAAAAAUAAAAGAAAAAGAAAUUUUGAUAAAAAAUGAUGAGGUGAAAGUGUAUUAUGGAAUAUUUCUACCCAAAACUGACCCGAAAAAUGAAAAUAUUGAGCCAAUAGUAUUUGAAACAAAGUCGUCAACGUUACUAGCAAUAAAAGAGCAUAAAACAGCAAGAUUUAAAGUUUUUGAUGAUUAUGAAAAAGCGAAAGAAUAUUCUUUAAAUGGGAUGGAAGAGCAAAGGAGAUCAUCUUCAGAAAUAAAAAGUUCGAACUCUACGGAAGAUAUCGGGAAUAAAUUUCCAAGUUUGAAGCAAGAAGAUUUGAAUGUUCUGAUGCGUUAUAUAGAAAACGGACAAUUAGAGGACGUUCGCAAAUUAAUUUGGAGCAAUCCGAAAUAUCUUAUAAGUUCUGCAGAUGGGCCUGUCGUUUUGAAAGCGAGUGCUAGAUAUAACGCCCUCCACAUUGCAGCGAAAUCCAAUAAACCGGAAAUUUGUUCGGAAAUUUUAGCAGUUCUUGAAAAUUCUGAAUUUCAUGAGUUAAUGUUCCCAAAUUCCAGCGAUGAAAAGUCUGAAAGAAUGAACCAUAUUCUUGAUUUAUAUCUGAAUACCCCUGAAAAAAUAUUAUUUGAGACGCCGUUACAUUUUGCAUGUAAAUUAGGAUUCAAAGAAGUCGUUGAAAUUCUUAUAUCGCACACACAAUGCUCUGCGGAUGUACGCAACAAAUUCGGACAACUGCCUUCGGAAAUGAUCUGUUCAAGAGCUUCCCAAGAAAUGAAAAGUAAUAAAAAAGAUAUACAACGGUUGCUAGGAGAACAGUUCUAUGUUCCUUUGUUACGUUUCCAUGACAACAGCGAGCAUGCGAUCGUUGGGACUCCAAUUACGCUUAAACAAAAUAUUGACGAUUAUAAUAUGCUGUCACCUGCCCAACUAAAUCUUGGCAGCAUGAAUGACUCUCCUUUGAGGCCUAGUCUUGCUGUCAGCGCUCUUGCUGGACCUAUGGCAAAAGAGCAAGCUAUAAAAUUUCAAAAGUUUUGGACGACACCUUCCAAACGGAAAGAUUUUGGGAAAACUGUGAGAUAUAUUCGACGCACAGACAGCGAAAAAGGGGACGAACAAAUUGGGCGCCAAUUAGCUGAGAAGGAACAUGUAAAAUGGAUGGAAUAUUGGGAUUUCCUGGAUGAUUUUGCUAACUUUGCUAAUGAAGAAGGGCUUUUAAAAUUAGAGGAGUAUUUACAGAAUAAAAUGCCUUUAAUCAAUAUGGCAACUAUCCCGCCAAAAUUAAGUGAUAGUUUUAAUCGAAAUAUGUCUGAAAUAACGAAUAGGUUAGAGAACAUCCAUCUCAAUCGAGACGGGUUAGAAAGCAUCUGUGCCAAUCGUGAUCAACUAAAAAUGAGGAUUAGCAAAUCAAGUCCCUCAGUUGGAAAAACAGGAAGAGGGUUUGAAGAAAAUACUGGAAAUGCGAAAAAGGAUUCUGGUUCUAGUGUAUCAACGAAUUCAAGCGAUUCUUCAAACUAUAAAACCCCACCUGAGAAUUUGUCAAAAGAGGAAUUUGUCACACCAGAACAAAGAGAUCAGCUUCAAGUACAACAAGGAGAUCAAAAAACCGAUCGUUUAGUGAAAAAAUUAUUUUCUAAUGAAAAUAUAAACUCUAUUGAUAAUUUUGUCGACGAUUUUUCAAAAAAUUUAUCUAUUGCAGAAAAAAAUGAACCAAACAUCAUCAAUAGUCCAGAAGUCAAUUGGUUUUCAAAGAAUAAUUUCAUAACCGAAUUUCGUCCCCCCUCAAAACAAUAUCGUAGCGUCGGGGACAAUGAUAGUGAUGUAUUUUCCUCUCCAUCGAGUUCAGACAUCAGUGAGAGCAGUUAUGCUACAGAGAACACGGCCAUUGCAACAAAAAACGAUGUUUUUCUUGCCGGGGGCGCUCCGACAAAGUUAGACCGUGAUGUGCUAAUAGCAAUUGGCGAUACCGAUCUAGAAACAUCGAAAUUUCCCGCAAUUUUAAGAUGGAAACUAUCGAUUCUUGCGUUUUCAGAACAGGAGCGAAUGAAAUGGUCAACACCAAGAAAAGAACGCAUAUUUUCUUUCACCCCCGAUCGUCAAAGUCCGACCCCAAACAAGACUUCAUCCCCUAAUGUUCUAACUCCAUCCAGUGGACGCUUAAAUUCAUUUUUUACGCCCGAUAGAAAUAUGAGACGAUAUUUGUACAGGUCCUUCACACUGCCAAGCCCUAAAGUUGAAUAAAACUGCCAGAUCGCUUUUCCAUUUGAUGUUUUACCUAUAAUUAAUGAAUUAGAAAUUAGUUGUGAUACUGCUUUAUUUUUUUCUGCAAUUGUAAAGCGGUUUUACCUAUAUGAAAAUGCAAAUUAUAUAAAACAAAUUAUCUGAAAAGUGUACAUUUUUCAUAUUCUUGUGGAGUGUAAAAGCAGAAUUAGGCAGAAAGCAUUUAGCCUUUGAACCAAAAGUAAAUACCCAUAUAUUU